AUGGCAGAAAUUUCCCAAAUCAAUCUGAUCAUCAAUUGCAUCGAGAGCUACAAGAAACAAGCGAAAGUCGUGUCGGAUAUUACUUCACUGCUGUCUACACGAAAUGCAAAGCUAGGCAUUCUUGACAUCAUCAAAAUAGUUGUAUUAUUGGAAGAAGACCAAGAAAUUUUGCGUGUCCUUCGCAACGUCGCUGUCAUUAUGGGAAAGCCACCUCCACAAUACCACAGUUCACAAACGGGCAAAAACGACAAGAGAAAAUGGUUUGGAUUUAUCCAAUGCAUAGCGACAGGGAUAGCGUAUUAUAAAUCUGCGGACAAAUGUAUAUCUCUUAACUAUGUGUACAACAACCUUGCACUAGCAGAUAUUCGAAGCGAGAACGAAUUUUUCGACUGCUUUAUGGUCAUGAUUUUGGUUCAGGGAUACUCUGGGAAAGAUUGGCCACAGCUUUCCUAUGGGAAAAAAACUUCAAGAACCAAACCGUAA